AGAGAAUAAAAGUAGAUACCUAGAAUAAAAAUAAAAGUUUGAUUCUCUGCUCCAUUAUAAAAAAAAAAUUAAAAAAUUUUAAAUACUUAAAUAAAAUGUGAAAAUUUAUUCACCCAAAUCAUCCACUACACUUCACUUCAGAUUAUGAACAUUCACCUUCUGGCUUCUACACCGAUUCAUUUUCUAAUGGCCUAAUUAGUAAUUAUUAUCCAUCUAUUCAAUUCCUGUUGUUGAUUAAAAACCCAAUUAAAAAGGUGGUAUAAGCCCGGGAGAAACUACAAUGUCUCACAGCUCUGAGGAGGAUACUGAUAUAAGUGAUUCUGAGAUAAGUGAGUAUGAAGAUAAAUGUUAUGAAGAACUUAAAAAUGGAAGUCAGAAUGUGAAAACCUCGGACGAGAAGUUCACUUGUCCAUACUGCCCUAAGAAAAGAAAACGGGAUUAUAUGUACAAGGAACUCCUGCAACAUGCUUCUGGGGUGGGUCAGAGUAGUUCACAAAAGAGAAAGGCAAGAGAAAAGGCUACUCAUUUGGCUUUAGUGAAAUACUUGGAAAAUGAUCUUAUGAAUAUAGAUGAGACUCCAUCGGAAUCAGCUGAUAAAAGUGACACUCCUAUUGAUUCUGGUGAACAGUUUGUGUGGCCGUGGAUUGGAAUUGUAGUUAAUAUUCCCACUAGCCGGACACCAGAUGGACAAACUGUUGGGGCGAGUGGUUCCAAGCUUAGGGAUGAGUACAAACGUAGGGGUUUCAAUCCAUUUCGAGUCAAUCCUCUAUGGAAUUUCCGAGGUCACACUGGAAUUGCCCUCGUGGAAUUCAAUAAAAACUGGCCUGGCUUUGAUAAUGCACUCGCAUUUGAAAAAGCAUAUGCAUUAGAACAUCAUGGGAAAAAGGAUUGGUUAAUUAAUACGCAGCAGAAGUCGGGUCUUUAUGCAUGGGUUGCCCGAGCAGAUGACUACAAAGCAAACAAUAUCAUUGGGGAACAUCUGCGAAAGAUGGCCGAUCUCAAAACCAUACCAGAACUUAUGGAAGAAGAAGCUCGAAAGCAGGAUAAACUUGUGUCCAAUUUGACCAACAUUAUUCAAGUAAAAAACCAGCAUUUAAGUGAGAUAGUGGCAAGAUGCACUGAGACUAUGGUCAAAAUCAAUUCUGCUAUGACAGAAAAAGAUCUGCUCAUUCAAUCUUAUAAUGAAGAGAUAAAGAAAAUACAGUCAGGUGCUAAGGAUCAUUUCCAAAGAAUUUUUAAUGGUCACGAAAAGCUUAAAAUGCAACUGGAAACUCAGAAAAAAGAGCUUGAGUCACGGAGACUUGAAUUGGAAAAGCGUGAAGCACAUAAUGAAAGUGAAAGAAAAAAGUUGUCAGAAGAGAUUCGGGAGAAUGCAACGAAAAAUAGCUCUCUUCAGAUGGCUUCUCUGGAGCAAUUGAAAGCUGGUGAAAAUGUUAUGAAACUGGCUGAAGAUCAAAAGAAAGAAAAAGAGAAGCUCCAUGCUAAAAUCAUUCAGCUUGAGAGACAACUGGAUAUGAAACAAAAGCUGGAAUUGGAGAUUCAGCAACUAAAAGGAUCACUUAGUGUGUUGAAGCACAUAGAAGAUGAUGAUGAUGAAGAAGUUUUGAAAAAGGUGGAUGAUUUGCACGAGGGUUUAAGAGAGAAGCAACAGACACUUCAAGACUUAGAGGCACUGAACCAAACACUGAUCAUUAAGGAGCGUAAGAGUAAUGAUGAGCUGCAGGAAGCUCGAAAAGAAUUGAUUAAUAGCAUUAAAGAGAUAGAAACUCGAGUCCAUAUUGGUGUGAAGAGAAUGGGGGAACUUGACACUGGACCAUUCCAUGAAGCUAUGAAGAAAAUAUAUAAUAAGGAAGAAGCUGAAGACAAAGCUACAGAACUAGGUUCAUUGUGGGAAGAGUAUCUAAAAGACCCAGAUUGGCAUCCAUUCAAAGUUGUCAUGGUUGAUGGGAAAGAAAAAGAAAUCAUCAAAGAUGACGAUGAAAAGCUGAAUGGGCUGAGAAAAGAACUGGGUGAAAAGGCAUAUAAUGCUGUAGUGGCAGCUUUAACAGAGAUUAAUCAAUAUAAUCCUAGUGGUCGAUAUGUAACCUCGGAACUAUGGAACUAUAAAGCUGGAAGGAGAGCAACUUUGCAAGAAGGAGUGCAGUUUUUGUUGGACCAGUGGAGACGCAAGAGAGAAAUGUUAGGUUACUGAAAUUUUCCGGUCAACAAUAUAUCUAGAAAAAUUUGGAAAAGAAAUGAAAUCGUUAAGUGAUCUAUAAGUUAUAAGUAACAGCCACUAAGUUACUUCUUUAAUCUUUGGAUCUUUUCUCAAGAAAUUUAUAAGUGAUCUAUAA